AUGGCUGCACGGAAGUAUCCGCAACGCUACGAUCCACACGGGAUGUACGCAUCGGGUGGCAGAGGCGGGCGUGGGCGCGGGCGCGGGCGUGGGCGUGGUCGCAACGAUGGUGGCCGCGACGGCGGGCGGAACGGCAACCACGGCGGCCGUGGGCGUGGGCGCGGUCACUUUUCGACGGAUGACAAGGCCGACAGGGCGCAUCGCUUCCUGUUCGCGGUCACACGCGAGGACGCGCGCCCCCUCCACGCAUCAAGCGGGCCUCCGAGGUUCGUGCGGGCCCUGCACGACCUGGCGACGAGCGGUGCCCCGCAGGCCGCACUGAACCUGCUGAGCGACCAGUCCAGCUCGGGUCUGCUGCGUCUCGCCGAGGCCCUCGACGUCCCGGGCGGCGGGUGUUUGCCUGCGACGCUGGGGGUGCUCCUGGCGCUCCGAGAGGCCGGCGCCGUGGGCAUCGGCGCGACGGCGGCGGGCGCGGGGCCCGUCCAGGUGACGCUGCUGCGGAGCUGCCGCUUCGUCGACGCCGCGCGGCAGCUGUCGCACGCGUCGGCCGUUCCUCCUCCGGGGGGGUUCCUGGCCGUGGCGGAUCCGGACGGGGUGCGCGUGGGCGUGCCCGAGGCCGCGUCGCUCUUGCUGCAGGGGAUGAUGUCGAGCGUACAGGGCGCGGGGGGUGUGCUCACGCCCGACAAGCUGGCGGAGCUUGUGGCAGCGGCAGAGGCGCUGUCCAGCGUGGUCGGCGCGGCGGACGCGGGCUCCGGGGCGGCUCUAGCGGCGGCGCGCGAGCUCGAGACGCUCAUCGCGAUGUUGGAGCGGCGCGGCGCCGAGUUCACCGCGGCGCUGCAGCGGCGGGACCGCGCCGCGCAACGCGCCGCGCAGGACGCCCACGCCGCGGCCAUCGUGGGCGCCGCCGUGGCCGCCGAGGAGCUGCUCGAGCCCCCGGGCGAUCUGCGCGCCGCCGGUCCGCGCCACGACAACGACCACGCGGACGUGCGCGCCAUCCAGAUCACCCCCACGCUGCAGGAGGUGCUCGCGCCCGAGGCCCCGGCGGCGUACCUGCCGGCCAACACCGGCGCGGGCUCGCCCCACCUAGGCGCCGGCACCCCGCAGGCGCUGGUCGACGCGCAUUUCCGCCUCUUGCGGCACGACCUGGUCAGCGGACAGAUCCGGGGCCUGUCAGCGUACCUCACGGGCGGCGCGCAGCCCGCGCGCGAGGCGCAGGCCCACGUCUUCACGGGCGUGGAGUUCGCGGGCAUCGAGCAGACGGCGAUGUGGCGCUCCUCGGGCGCCGGCGCGCUGAUGCUGUGCGUGAGGGCGGACAACCCGCACUUCCUGCGGAACGUCACGAAGAAGCGCGCGAGGGAGUUCUGGGGCCGGACGCGGCUCAUGUCCGAGGGGUCCCUGGCGGCGCUGACGUGGCGGGAGAACGGCGAGCGCAAGCUCUGCUUCCUCACCGUCUGCAGCGCCAACGGCGGCGGCGGGGGGCAGGGCGGGCAGAGGCCGCCCGCCGUCACGUCGCUCGACAAUGGGCGCUUCAGCGCCAACCUGGCCAUCGCGUGCGGCCAGGACGCGGACGACGGCUUCGGCGCACUCGGUGUGCAGACGCCUGCGGGCCUGCGGACCUGGCCGCUCACCGUGCCCCUGCGUGCGGCCGCGGGCGACCCACGCGCGCAGGCGGCCCUGCGCGACGUCGCGCUCGUGCAGACCUCCGCUGCCUUCUUCGCGUACGAUCCCGUCCUCCGCGCGCUCAAGAGCGAGACCGCCGCGCUGCAGCUCCCCGCGUGGUUCGAGCCCUUCAUCGUCCGCGUCGACGGUGCCGGCGUCGACGACGCGCACCGCCAGGGCUGGCUCGCGUGCGCCCACGGCGCUGGCUCGAUCUCGGACCUCGCGAGCCUCGUCCCCGACGGCCCGGGCGCCGAUGCGGCGCGCGUGGCCCUGCGCAACGUCGACCUGGGCCGCCCCGAUGCGUUCCCACUCGAGGCCGUGCGCGCGGGGCUCGGGCUCGACGAGCGCCAGGCUGUCGCGCUGCGCGAGGCGCUCGUUCGGCGGCUCGCGCUCAUCCAGGGCCCGCCGGGCUGCGGCAAGACGCACGUGGGUGUCCUCGUGGUGCGCGCGAUGCUGGCCCGCGCCCGCGACGAACAGCAUGGGCCGAUCCUGAUCACAUGCCUGACGAAUCACGCGCUGGACCAGUUCCUGGAGGCGCUGCUCGACGCGGGCGUGACGAAGAUCGUGCGCAUCGGUGGGCGCUCCAAGUCGGAGCGCGUCAGGGCGCUCGGCCUGCUCGAGACGGCCAAGAAGCAGCCCAAGGCCAACGGGGUCGGGAGGGCGUCUUACCAGGCGUUCAGCGACUGCCGGGAUGCGGAGCACAGGGUCACGGCCCUGCUGAAGGAGGUGAAGGACUGCAGGAGCUCGCCCGACGUCACGUGGCGGGCCAUCUGGGAGCAGGCGGAGGCCGACGCGCCGACGGUGACGCAGGCCCUCGAGCCGCACUUCGUUGCGCCGAGGAAGGGCAAGGCCAAGCGUGUGGCGAGCGCGGUUGGCACGGCACUGACUGCGUCGCAGUCAGGGUCCGUCACGGUCGAGGACGGCUUUGAACUCAUCACUGUGGAGGACGGCGUGGAGCUCGACGUGCAAGAACGCACCGCCGUGGCUGCGGAUGGAAGUUCCAGCGCGGCGGCGGACCACGACGUCGACGAGGGCUGGGAAAUCGCCGGGAGCUUCGGGUUCCGCGACUGGGCGAGGGGCGACACGCCGGGAUGGCUGCGCGGGGCCACCGCGUCCGCAGCUCGCGCGGGGCCGAGCGCCCCGCGCCCGCGCUCGAUCGCCCAGCUGCGCGAGUGCAGCGCGCCGCUCGACAUGUCGCGCGAGGAGCGUGCCGCGCUCACGGAGCACUGGCGCAACCAGGUGCACGGACUCCUCUUCUCCAAGCUCCACGCGGCGGCUGCGGAGCUUGAGAGAGCGCGACGCGACCUGGCAACCUCCCAGGACGGCCACUGCGUCGACGUCCUGCGCGGCUGCAACGUGGUUGGGGUGACGACGACAGCCGCGGCAGCGAAGCAGGCCAUGCUGCGCCGCGCCAAGCCCCGCGCCGUCGUCAUCGAGGAGGCGUCCGAGGUGCUCGAGGCGCACAUCCUCACGGCGCUGCACCCGGACACGCAGCAGCUGGUCCUCAUCGGCGACCACGAGCAGCUCCGUCCGUCGGUGGAGGACUACUCCCUCAGCGUCGACUCGGGCCGCGGCCGAAACCUCGACCUCAGCCUGUUCGAGCGUCUCGCGCUUGUGCCGCACUUCCCGUGCACGACCUUGGGGACGCAGUGGCGCAUGCGCCCCGAGAUCAGCGCGCUCAUCCGUGGCCCCGUCUACCCGAGGCUCGUCGACGCCCCCACGGUCCACGACCACCCGCACGUCAAGGGCGUCGCCACCGACCUGUUCUUCCUGGCGCACGACGUCCCCGAGGACGGCCACGACCUGCCCGGCGGCGCGGACACGAGCUACUCCAACGCGCACGAGGCCCAGCUCGCGGUGGCGCUGGCGCAGUACCUGAUCGUGCAGGGCUACACGGGCGGGCGCGUGUGCAUCCUGACGCCCUACCUCGGGCAGCUGCGGCUCAUCCGCCGGAUCGCGGGCGACAAGUACGUCACGCUGUCGGAGCGCGACGAGGAGGAGCUGGAGGAGCUCGCUCUGCGCGACGUCAGCGGCGGGGACGGCCAGGGCGAGGUAGACGUGGUGACGGCGCGCAGGACCAGCAUCAGGGACGUGCUGCGCUGCGCCACCAUCGACAACUUCCAGGGCGAGGAGGCUGACGUGGUCAUCCUGAGUACGGUGCGGAGCAACAGCAAGGGCCGCGUGGGCUUCGUUGGCAUCAAGAACCGCAUCAACGUGGCAUUGUCGCGGGCGAGGCACGGCCUCUACAUCGUCGGCAACGCCGCGAUGCUCCGCGACGCCAAGGGUGGGAGCACGAUGUGGGCGCCGGUUCUCGAGCAGCUCGCGGGGGCCGCGCGCGUUGGGGGCGCUCUGGCCCUGAGGUGCCAGAACCACGCGACGGUGACGCGGGUCCGGACCGCCGGCGACAUCGCUCUUUUCUGCAUCGACGGGGGCUGCAAGGAGCCGUGCACCACGCGCUUGCCGUGCGGCCACGCUUGCCCACGCAGGUGCCACCCUGACUCGCACGCGGGGGUGUGUUGCGAGCAGCCGUGCCAGCGUCUGCACCAGCCCUGCGGACACCGGUGCGACAAGAUGUGCGGGGUCGACUGCGGGCAGUGCCGCUGGCCGGUGCGCGACGUCGCGCUGCCGUGCGGCCACGUCGCAGCCAGCCUGCCCUGCUACCAGGCUCAGGCGCCCGAACGCGUGCGCUGCGUCGAGAGGAUCGAAUGCGGGCUGCCGUGCGGCCAUGUCAUCCAGCGGGACUGCGGCACCCCGGCGGAGACCGUCCUGCAGCGCCCGUGCCCGGAGCUGUGCGGCAAGCAGGUUGCAUGCGGCCACAUCUGCGACUCCCCUUGCUCGCACGAGGGGCCCUGCACCUGCACGCGCGCCUGCCCUCGCACGUGCACGCACGGCACCCGCUGCGACCAUCGCUGCGACCACCCCGAGCAGUGCGUGGCCUGCGCCGAGCCCUGCGUGUGGGCGUGUCCGCACCGCGGCAAGUGCGUCCUCCCCUGCGGCGCCCCGUGCGUGCGGCUGCCCUGCGACGAGCGCUGCCCGCUCCUCCUCGCGUGCGGUUGCCGCUGCCCGGGCGUCUGCGGAGACCCCUGCCACGAGGGCUUCUGUCGGCUGCACCCGAGGAACCCGGACCUCCUCAAGCAGACGGUCGACCUCAUCGCCCUCACGGACUUCGCCGACCACGACCCCGACGUCGACGGCCCGCUCGUGGUCCUCGACUGCGGCCACGCGUUCACCCUGGAGACCAUGGACGCACACGUGGGUCUCGGUGCGACGUACGACCGCGCCGCCGACGGAACGUGGCUGCGGCCCAAGGCGGUGGACGAGAGCGGCCCGCCGAAGACAUGCCCCUCGUGUCGCCAGCCUGUCGCGGGCACGCUGCGCUACGGGCGGCCGAUUGCCAACGGCCGGCUGUACGACAUGACGUCGGCGUUCAACCGAGGCGCUCUGGACAGGCUUGCGGGCGUGUCGAGGCUGCUGGCGGAGCAGGAAGAGACCAUGGACGCUGUCGAGGGAGCCGCGAUGGCCGGCCGGCGUUCCACUGCAGAAGCGAGCAACGUGGGCAAAAAGCUGAUUGCGAUCCGGCGGGACAUCUGCGACCUUCUCGCGGCAACGGCGCGCCCCCCGACUCUGAAGAUCUUCGAGGCGACGGUGGCGGCCGUCACGCGCGCAACGGCGUCGGACGACACGUACGAGGAGCAGACGGAGGCGCUGCGCGGCGUGCAGGCGGCGCUGCGGCCGGACGACACGGUCCGAGCCCAGGUGCUGCUCGCAAAUGCGCGCGCAGUCGUGCUGCAGGCCUGUGCCGGCGCUGCCUCGACGGCGGGGACAUCUCCGGCGGGUGCGCUGGUCCUCGCGGUCAUGAGCGCGCAGCAGGUCUGCCGGAGCGCCAAGGUGCUCGCCGCAGAGACGCGCGCAGUCACGACAAUGUGCUCCGCGACGCUCGCAGCCUACGAGGCCGCGAGGACCGCGGCGCAGGGCUACGUGCUGUACGUCGUCGGGGAGGGCGGUGCGGCAGAGCGCCCCCCCGGGGACGUUACCCUCCGCGAGCACAAGAAGGCGCUGCUCGACGCGAUGCACGCGGCAGCUGUCGAGCACUUUGCGUCUCUGGAGGAGGCUGCGGGGCACUUUCGCGAGCUUGGCAUCGAGGACCGCGCAGAUGCGUUGCUGGUGCAGCGCGCGGAAUUCUCGACGACGGCCGCGGCGGAGGAGGCAACUAUUCGGCAGGGACUCGAAAGGAACGUCCUGCAGGAGGUCAUUCGGGCCGUGGCCGCCGUCGACGCCAGGCUGGCAUACGCGCAGCAUCAGCACCGCUGCCCAAACGGGCACGUCUACUUCGUGGGCGACUGCGGGCAGCUGAAUGAGGGCGGACGGUGCCCGGACUGCGGUGCGCACAUCGGCGGUGGGGGUUGA